CAGACAUUCGUCAUAGAUCAACGAUCCAAACAAGGAAACAAACCCGGGAACUGGGGAGAGUUAACAUUCCAAUAUGGCGAACUUGGAACAAGCGCCAGUCUUCGCAGAGCCCAAACGAGAAAUUUUGAAUCGUAAUGAUGUCGUAAAGUGGGAAAAGUCACAGGCAUACAGUGAUUACCUUGGAUUUAUCCUCACUUUGAACGAUGCUGUUAAAGGGAAAAAAAUGUCGGUCGACUGUUCAACAUCAGAGGCUUUAAUGAAACUGAUCACUAUGCUUGAAACCAUGGACACUUGGAUUGAUGAAACCCCACCUAUUGACCAGCCACAACGAUUUGGAAACAAAGCCUUCAGAACAUGGUGCAGUAGACUUGAAGAGAAUGCUGAUAUAAUGAUCCAAGGACUUCUUCCAGAAAAAUUUACAGGGGCCAGCAUAGAACUUGCCGCAUAUCUCAAAGAUGGUUUUGGAAAUAAAACAAGAAUAGACUAUGGAACAGGUCAUGAGGCUUGUUUUAUUGCAUUUCUAUGCUGUCUGUUCAAACUCAGAGUGCUGGAUCAAAGUGACUGUGCUUCAAUAGUGUUCAGGGUGUUUCAAAGGUAUUUAGAACUGAUGAGAAGGCUUCAGUCAACAUACAGAAUGGAACCAGCAGGCAGCCAAGGUGUCUGGGGACUAGAUGAUUUCCAGUUUGUUCCAUUUAUUUGGGGGAGCUCUCAGUUGAUUGAUCAUCCAAGUUUAGAACCAAAGGACUUUGUUAAAUCUUCUGUUGUGGAAAGUGAUCACCUUGAUUACAUGUUCUUUGGCUGCAUCAAGUUUAUAAAUGAGAUGAAAAGUGGACCUUUUGCAGAACAUUCUAAUGUUUUAUGGGGUAUCAGCUCUGUUAAAAUAUGGGACAAAGUAAAUUCUGGCCUGAUAAAAAUGUACAAAGCUGAGGUCCUAUCAAAGUUUCCUGUUAUCCAACACUUUGUGUUUGGGACGUUAUUAUCUUUAGAAGAAGCAGAAGUAUUUAAGAAACCUUUGUAAAAAAAAUUGUAAAUAUUUAUAGAGCAAUAAUUUUGACAUUAUUAUUGUUUUAUUUAUCAUGUUUAUAUGGAGCUGAUAACAAUGUAGGUAAAAUUUAAGGUGAUCUUUAGAAGACGUCACUAUCUUUAAAAAAAUUCCAUAAUCAU